UUUUGAGGUGGGAGUAGUUGUAAUUUGUGUGGGAGAAGAAAAGAUUUUACUUAGAAACUCAGAAAACAGCAAGUCAAAACACCCCCAAAGGAUUGGGUGGUGGUGGUGGUGAUCAUGGUGAUCUAUAGAGAGUAGAAUAGUGAGGAGAAGAUGAUACGGAAGCAGAGGGCGGAAUGCCAAGCUUUGUGCCCCCAGUUCCACUCUCUUAUCAACUAAAAAUCAGUGCUUGACCAAAAAAAACAAGUGGUAGAAAUAUUACUCCGUAUAAGUUGACGUUUCUCUCCAAUUUAACAUCACUGCUGCUAGAGUUGGCACUCAGAAUUUGCCAAUACAAAAAGGAGGACGUAAUUUUGUUUCUGCUUGUAGUGGCCACCUUAAAAUCUGUAGAGAUCCAGAAUGGCGGAUGGCAGUCCUAGGAGCGAUAGCUCAACAGAUGGUGACACAGAGGAUAAGAAUGCUAGGUUCGAUAUAGUUCCGUCGUCUGGUUUAGCGGCUUCUGAUUCAAGUGACAGGUCAAAAGAGAAAACAGGGGACCAGAAGACACUUCGCAGACUUGCCCAAAAUCGUGAAGCUGCACGGAAAAGCCGUCUGAGAAAGAAAGCCUAUGUUCAACAGCUUGAAACUAGCAGGUUGAAGCUAACCCAACUUGAGCAGGAGCUCCAGCGAGCUCGCCAGCAGGGCAUCUUCAUUUCAAGCUCAGGGGACCAACCUCAUUCAAUGAGUGGAAAUGGGGCAUUGGCCUUUGAUAUAGAAUAUGCAAGAUGGCUAGAAGAGCACAAUCGACAGAUAAAUGAAUUGAGAGCAGCGGUGAACUCCCAUGCAGGUGACAACGAAUUACGCAGUAUAGUGGAUGGAAUCAUGACACACUAUGAUGACAUUUUCAGACUGAAGGGAAUUGCUGCAAAGGCCGAUGUCUUCCACAUGUUAUCUGGUAUGUGGAAAACUCCAGCAGAAAGAUGUUUCUUGUGGCUUGGUGGAUUCCGCUCGUCUGAACUCCUCAAGCUCCUCGUGAGUCAACUGGAACCUCUUACAGAGCAGCAGUUGGUAGAUAUUUGCAACUUACAACAGUCAUCACAACAGGCAGAGGAUGCAUUGUCGCAAGGAAUGGAGGCACUGCAGCAAUCCUUGGCCGAGACAUUAGCCAGCGGGUCCCUUGGCCCUGCGGGAUCAUCUGGUAACGUAGCCAACUAUAUGGGUCAGAUGGCAAUGGCUAUGGGAAAACUUGGAACUCUUGAGGGUUUUCUUCGUCAGGCCGACAAUCUUCGCCAACAAACUCUGCAGCAAAUGCACCGUAUAUUAACAACACGCCAAUCAGCUCGUGCACUUCUCGCGAUAAAUGACUAUUUCUCUAGACUCCGUGCCCUUAGUUCGCUCUGGCUAGCUCGCCCUAGAGAGUGAAUAAUAUUAAAAAUUUGAUCGUCAUUCCCACAUUUGAGGAAAAUCUUCUCACCGUAAGUUUAUCUUUUUGGAAGGUCGGUCUGAGCAACCAAAAUUGGGUCUGAGCAACCAAAAUUGAGUUUCAGGUUUUGUUAUUUGUCAGCAGUAGUUGGUUCUAUCAUAGCCACUCCAACUUCAUUCGUUGCGUCAUCUGUUGUAAUUUUGGCUUUUCUCUGGCCUGCACCAUAUAUGAAAAUACAACAGUUGUCUGUUAAUUAUAGUAUAUUCUAAACUGGGUCAGUGCUGUAUUUUGCUUGUUUCUCAAUUUGGAACAGAUUACAGUUACAAUUUUCUUUUUCAUUUUCA